AUGACUCGAUCAGAGCCACCCGAGCCCCCAGGGGCGACGUUGGCGUCGUCAUUGCAAUUCCAUCCCAAACAGCCGUCAACACCCACCAAGAUUUUCGGCAUGGAAAAUUUCGGCAACACUUGCUACUGCAACUCCAUUCUCCAGUGCUUGUUCUACCUGGACCGCUUCCGCGACAACCUCGUCAAUUACGGCUACCUGGACACCGGCGAACAGCGUCGGUACAAGCCCGAAGUCAAGGGGGUCGGCGCCCAUUCGUUCACCGUCAAGUAUGAGCAGUUAAUCCAAAAUAAGCUCAAGGAGGAGAAGGGCGACGAAGCCGUCGACGCCAAUGCCUCUACCGGUGCUCCUAAGCGCAAGGGACUGAUUUUCGGCCUCAAAUUCAACAAUACUAACCCGGAACCGUCACGGAUGCCCAGCGUAUCGCUGGCACUGCAGUUCUCCCACCCACAAAUCAUGCCUGCCGGCCAAUGCGAAGGGCUCAGCACGCCUCAACGGAUCGAGGUGAUGAAGUGUCCUGAACUUGCUAGGUUACCGGUCCAGGCCACGCGGUGCAAUAAUACUUUAAUCAAGCAAAACAUCACCACAUCAAAAUCGCUGCUGAUGCUUCUCGACGAUAACCUGGUGCAAUCGCUGAACGGCAGUGGCUCUGUUGGCGGUGAAGGGCUGUCGAUUAUCGUUGUCGGCAUCCCGUACCCGGAACCGUUCCUUCUGAGUCCCGUGAACGCGUUUGCGGAAAACCCGCUGAGCGAUCACCGCAAGAAGCUGGCGUUGAUCAACGGACCCAUCAUCAACUUGGACUCUCCGCUUUGCGUUAAGGCGCAAAACGAAGAUCUGUGUCUCAUGUACGCUCUCCGAGACAUGUUCGAGGCAAUGAUCGACAACCGGCUGACCACCGGGGUGGUGUGCCCGCUGUACUUUAUCGCCAAGUUAAAGGCGAAAAACUUUUUGUUCAGCCAGAACAACAUGCAUCACGACGCUCACGAAUUCUACAACUACUUGCUCAACGAAAUCAUCGACUGUGUCCAGCGAGAUUCGGGGGGUACCAAAAACUGGUGCACCGACAUUUUCCAGGGAAAAAUCACCAAUGAGACCAAGUGUCUUAGUUGUGAGACCGUCACCCUGAAACACGAGCACUUCAUCGACCUCUCGGUGGAUAUCCCGCCGCUGGACCACCGGCUGUCGCACCUGUUAUCACACUUACUUAAUAACUUCAGCCAGCUGGAAGUGUUGACCAACCAAAACAAAUUCUACUGUAACCGAUGCGCUCUGUUGCAAGAAGCGGUGAAGACAAUCAAGCUUGCAAAGCUCCCCGAGGUGUUGGUGAUUAAUAUGAAGCGGUUCAAGUACGACGAGCUGGUGGACCGUAUGGUGAAGCUUUUCGACCUGAUAUCGUACCCAUUCAACCUCCGGUUAUUCAACACCACUGACGACGUGGCACUGGAGCUGAUGUACGAGUUAUACGCUCUCGUCGUCCACAUUGGUGGAGGUCCCACCCACGGUCACUACGUCGCCCUUUGUAAGUACCGUCCUGGGGUGUGGCUCUUAUUUGAUGACGAAACGGUGGAAAUUGUCGACGACCUGUACGUCAUGAGGUUCUUUGGUAACUCCCCCGGGUUAGGGUCAGCGUACAUUCUCUUCUACCAACACCUCGGUGAAGACCAGAGUCAGGAGGGCUAUAACACCUCAAGAAUCUUCAACAGUCAUGACUACUACGAACUCCAACACUACUCGCAAGAAAAGCUGGCCACGGGGUCGCACUCGCCGCUGUCGAAGCCCGACGACCUGGUGUCGCUGUCGAUUCCGUCGAUGGCCACUACCGAGCCCAGACCUCCGCCCAUUCCGACGAUGGCAGCAGCAACACCAGCAGCAACCGCGGCUUCAACCGGCACCAUACCGACUACACAAACGGGGUCGGCGCCGCUUCCCGACAAGCGGCUUUUCAAGCUUAAUUUCUUCGACAAAUCCGACAACGACUUGGAAAAGAACGGCCGCACGUCGCUGUCGAGUCUGAUCCCAGCAUACUCGCCGUACGUCACUUACCCGGCACAAUCUACGGAUACGCUAGAGGACACGGCGCCGCCACCGGCACCUCUCAACCUGGCCCCAGCCCCAGUACCGGCGCCGCCACCGAUGGCUCGCAAAAAGCUGUUGUUCCGUCGCCGCGAUAAGCUGCUGUCAGGGGCAGGUCCCACGCCAGAAACUAAUGGCGGCAAUGACAUGGAGCGCAGAAAGAGUAUAUUUGGGUUCAAACGGAAGGGUUAA